UUGUGGCUACCAGCCGUUAAAGUUUUUAUAUAUUACACGUGUUAAGUGUUUUCAAAUGUUUCUCAACACACAUAUGAUGGCAAUCACCGAUAUUAUGUACUUCAAAUAUUUUUUUCUAAUUCUUAUUUUAGUAUUUUUAUAUUGAGCAUGAGUGUCAAUUUUUGUAAGCAGUUUUAAGGCAUUCAUAACGUAGAUUUUUUAAAAAUAUUUCGAAGAAAUAUUAAGGUUCUUCGGGGCUCGGGGGUAGUACAACAAAAAUACGUGAGUCGGAAACGACACCACCCGGAGGAUUUAAGGAGGCGCUGUCUCCAGAAAUGGUUUAUCCUUUCUCAAAGGCUGCGAACAGGACCAACCGAAUUCAACGUUAAAAACGCAAAUUAGCAAUACUAACAGAUACUCCAGUCAAGAAUGACAUUGUGCAGGAGAAAAAGUCUAGACAGAACAAAAAAAUAUACAAAAACAAAAAGCGUUAAAACGAAUCUGUCUUCUAGAAAAAAAAACUUAACCCAAAAAAAAUAAUACAUUUCAUCGGACGAAGAAGACUGUAUAUGCCUUGUUUGCGGAGAACUCUAUAGUGCUUCUAUUGAAAGUUGGAUCCAAUGUACAGCAUGGACAACAAUGGACACAUACAGACUGCACCAAUGGAAAUCCAUUUUAUGUAUGCCACAAUUGUGACUCGGAGGACGAUAUGUAGCUCUUUCCAAGUUUGUUAUACAACGUUUUUUUGUCCUUUGUUCCCGUUAUUAUUCAUUUCUAAUCGACUUUAUCGUUAUAUUACCGAUAUUAUUUUCACCUUCUGGCAGUAUUAUCCCACGGCUUUGUUAGAGUUAUUCUGCGGAUGUAAUAUUCACGUCACAGGCGAUGCUAUAAGAACGGACGAGAUUUCUAUCCUGUUGAUGAACCACAGGACAAGAACAGAUUGGAAUUUUUUUUGGCCUACACUAUAUCACUGCGUUGAAGGUAAACGCAAGUUGGCCCAUUCUACAAAAUUUCUCCUUAAAAAUGAGAUAAGACAUAUACCAGGACCAGGCUGGGUAAUGCAGCUUGCAUGUUUUGUUUACAUUAACAGAUCUUGGAAAGAGGACAAGAAAAUUUUUAACCAAUAUAUACAAUAUAUUACUGAUAUCAAAUACAAGCAUAGCCUAUUACUCUUCCCGGAAGGAACUGAUUUUACUGAAGAAACCAAAAAAAGUAGCGACAACUAUGCUCUUAAAAACAAUUUGCCGCUUUACGAAACUGUUUUGCAUCCUAAAACAACAGGAUUUGUGUAUUUGACGCAGCAAUUAUUAGAAAAAAACAGUCUGGAUGCUGUAUACGAUAUUAUUUUAGUAUACCCAGAUGUAAUCCCCCAAAAUGAAAAAUGGAUAUUAGCAGGAAAAUUUCCUAGAGUUGUUAAAGUUCAUUUGGUGAGAUAUCCAAAGUCAGUAUUGCCCACAUCGGAGGAUGGUUUAAAACAAUUUCUAGAAAAACGCUGGAGAGAUAAAGAAACGAUUAUAAAAGAAUUCAAAGCCACAGGCAAAUUCCUCCACGGUCCAAUCCUCAGAUGCAACAAAAGGUGGGAACUGUACGUAGCUUUCCUUUUUUGGACGACUCUUCCAUACAUUAGCGCGUAUCUUUUUAUAACGGAGAUCAAAUAUAUGAUAAUGGUUGUGUUAAACACAUGUUUUAUGCUAUGUACUAAUUUUUGCUUGAAAGAAUUUUUGAACUUUGAGGUGUUUUUACAUUUAUGGAGAAAGAAUAAAAAUGCUCGCUUAGGGUCAUCGCCUUAGGCAAAAUAUUCGAUCCUAUACUUUGUACCUUACUAAAGAGAUUCUGUGGAACAGUAUCUGGACGAUUAUCUGCAUCAUUUCAUAAGGGAUUAUAUAUGAUCUCUUGACUACUUAGUUUUACCAGCUACUACGCAGAAUUCUGCUAUCGAAGUUAAUUUUAAAAAUAUUACAAAUUGUAGUUGGCAUUGGCAAAUAAAAUAUUUUACUACAAUCAAAUAAUUUGAUGUACGUAUGUAUAACGGGUUAUAAAAAAUACGAAUAGAAAAUUGAAGCCUUAUAAAAUUUAGUAGGUACGCAAAUUGCAUUAGAUCAAUAUACAGAUCUAAUAAACUGGGAUCAAAGAUUUGUAAUUUUAAAAUUUACAAAACUAUUGAAAAUUUUAUAGGCACCGUUUACAGCGUCUUACGAAGGUGCUUUAAAAAUAACGAAAUUUUUUAUAGGCACCGAAGGCUCAUUUAACCCUUUCAUUGCGGCAUUUUUUUGGAAGACGUGCUCACUUUCUAGUGGCAAUAGAAGUUUGAAUGUGCAUGUGUCACGGGUCAGUGUCACGUGCACUGUCUGAAGACUCGGCCUGACACGGAUCUGUGUCAUGAGUAGCGAAAGGGUUAAUAGAUACGAAAUGGGCCGGAAGCUUAUCAGAAAGUACAUUCACAUUAUACAUGUAUUAAAUUUUUAAUGUUUUAUGUAUAAAUAAAGAGAAAAUUUUAAAGCGGUUACAAGAAUUCAAAGUAUGCAUGCGUGGUUGAGUGACUUUCAGUCAUAUUUGUUGUAUCACAUAUAAAACAUAUACCGUUUUGUUUUCUGGAAUAAGAUUGUUUUAAAAAAGUUCACUACACUCAUUUACAAAACUCUACAAUAUAGGACGUAUAUUUAACCGAUCACAUCAGAUUGCAAAUGGAAAAUAAAUAAGACAAAGCAUAGACGAGUCUGCCCAACACGAUGAGUGAACCAAAUGAAAGAUCUGGUGGAGAAAUUCCUACAUGAAGUCGUCCAUGUGGUACAGGAUCUCAGCCAAUCGAGACAAAAAGCUAAUAUUUAAGUCUGACGACACCCUGACAGCGAAAUACGUUCUUCUUUUGUCGCUAUCAAGCCCAAUCGCUUUAUGCGAUGAUUUGCUAUUCACGUUGGCGUCUCUUUUUACAUAAGGCUGCAAUCUGAAGUAGAUAACCAAUGUUAUCUAAAAAAAUCUUCUUAGUUUUAUUGAGAACUAUUGUCUUCGAUUCCUAAAAUCAAAUUACAUGAAUAGUUCAAAUCCGAUUAAUGAGAUACACCAAAACCUCCAUUAUUAAUUUACCGACUAGUCCGUAUUAGUGCAGAUCAAUAAUUAUGUUACCUUGAAGCGUCUUAGAUGGUCAAGUAGAAUACACUAAAAUUGAAUACACCUGAACUUAUUGAAUACACAAACUGAGAACGGUGGACAUAUAUCUUAUUGACUGCGACAUAUACUACGAUUUCGUUGCGUUGAUCGAUACAGAUUCAAUUAGCUCCUCCGGUUUUAUAGCUGUUAUUAUUCCAAUUACCGACAGAAAACAAUACCGCCAAAAACACCAAUGGAAAAGCGUCCCACAGCAGGAACACGAAUAGCCUGCAGCAUCAGUGUAUGAUCGGACACGACAAUGGAUAUGGGUGGGAGUAGGAUUGAUCAAGCGACGAAGAGGUGUAGCCUGCGGCAUAACAAGACACACUCAAUUCCCUUGUCACAAUCGUUCUGCUGUAUGAUCGUAGUGGGAUCGGAAGGCUACAUGAUAGGUGUGCCUAAGCUAUAAUAAUCUUCAUGUCUUGGAUAAAGAUAAGUAUAGUAGUUUUACAAUCAUUUCUUUUUCUUGGGUUGAAGAGCUUGGAUUUUUUCUCAUUACAGCCAAAGGGUUGAUAUAAGAAAUGUUAUUGAAUAACCAAGUUACAAAAUGUGUUAAGGCAUAUAGACAUGUUUUUUUGAAUAUAAUACUACUACUAAAGUAAAACAUGUGUUCACAAAGAGAAUACAAAAUUUUAUAAGGAAGAAUAGUGGACUCUCAGAAAACAGACACAAUAACUCUUUGUUAUAAUUCAUGUGUGACGAUUUAUGGUGGGUCUCUAGCAGCAAAAAUUUGAAUUUUGAUAUUGACGAUAUGUCUAUUUAUUAAAUAUGUUGAAGGAGUAAAUGGAACGUAUCUGGAACGUAUUUUCAGACAUUCUUAACGAAAAGGAUGUACCUAGCUCACUAGGUAAAACAAUUUUAAAGUUAAACGUUAAAAGGUUACGCUGAAGUUGUCAAAAUCAUUCUAAAACAAUAUUGAUUUUAUUUUACAUUAUUGUUUAUCAAGGAUCUUUAUUAAUAUUGCGACACUUACCAACAUAGAACCAACUAAACCAACAACACCUAGAAGCAGAUCAUUGAUAAAAUUUUGUACUUUAACAUCAAUACUGUUUGCAUCAAUAAUCACAACUAGCGAUGUCAACAUAUUAGUUAAGAACGUUUAGCGCUUUUAAUAGAUUAUGAUAUUUGACAUUUGCUGGAACAGUUCCAGUGAUAACGAUUAUAUGCAAAAUAUGCUGAAAUAUAUCGAUGAUGGGAGAGCUAUUAGAUAGAAAGGUAGGACAUUAUCUUCUAUUGCUUGAACUAAAAACAGUAAAAACUUGCUCAGGAUGUCCUAUUCUUUGCUUAAAUUAGCAAUGAAUAUAUUUUUAUCAAAUCGACUGUCAUUUGCUCACUCGUUGACUGGACGGAAUGGUAGGAAGUCAAUGUUUCAAUACAAUAAAUGUUUUAUGAGAUAUAAACCAAGGAGUACUGACAGCAUACACACAUACAGCAUACAUGCUUUGAAAAGCAGUACUUGGAAAUUCUGGAAGUGAGCUUGUACAUAUGUUUUGAACAUCCCAAAGACAAUACCAAUAUUUUUAAUUAUGCUGCGCGUCACUAGACCAUCUUUCUAUAAAAUCUUCUUCAAUAGCUUUGUAAGCGCAAUUCUGACAUUCGAAGUCUAAGAAAAAAUCUCUCAAUAAUAUAUAAAUGUAAUAAUCACUUGCAAGUUAUAAUAGGUUAUGAGUCUACUAAAAAGAAACAAUCUCAACCACACAGAAGUUGCAAAGGCAGCAAAGCAAAUGUUACGAUGGAAGCAGAUAUGAAGACGAAGAAAGGAAAGGCUCAGAACGAGAUGGUUGGAUGACGUAGAAGACGACCUGAAAACCAUGAACAUAAGGCAAUGGAGGAGAAGGGCACAAGAGAGAUCUGAAUGGAAAGACAUAUCUAGACAGACAAAGACCGAUCCAGGGUUUAUGAUGCCAAAAGAAGAAGAAUCUCAAACACAUACGGUCAAAGACUAUACUUAUGUAGGGUUUAUGAUGUUGUAGUGGUUUUUGAGACAAAUAGCAAAUACUUAUAAUGAAAUCUGGAGUAGUAAUAGGCAAAAUCGAUGCAUUUACGUCCUUAAUUAACAAAAGAUUAUAUCCGUAAUAUUGUCUCAAGUUGGAAUAUAUGAUUUAUGAAUUAUUCGAUGGCCAAUGGAUGUACCUGAACCUGAAUAAAUCCAAUAUCUGAUUUGUAUCAAAAGUAAACUUUUUUAAAAUAUUCCAGAAACCUUUAGAAGAACUUAAUUGUGUACAAAGUGAGUUUUAAACAUUUUUCAACUCAACAAAAAAGACUAAACGAGUACCUGCUGACUAGGGUACGAAAGUAAACUUAUCAAAACAAAAAAAAAAGACGUUAAUAUUAUCAACAGCACAAGUUCCUGAUUGAUAUUUUCGUGAGAAGAUUCUUAAAAAUCUUGUUCAUGGUUAUAAAGCCAUUCACAAAUAUAGUCAAAUACUAAGUUUAUUCGUAGAUUGGUUGACACUGGGCCAGGAAGAGUUCUGAAGGUUAAAUAUAACUGAAGAUGUAUGUACAAUUACCAACAAAUUUAGAAAAUUGAUUAAAGAUUUGAUUUGCUAUCUUAUAUUAAGUUAGCUUAACUGAGGAAACCGGCCUAGCAGGAAAUGCUGGAUGAGUGUUAGUCACGAAUAAUAAAAAAUAAUCAACUUGUUUAUUAAGCAAUAUUUAUAUAUACUACGUUCACUCCCAAGAUAAGCUCGUGCUCACAGCUUCAGACACGUCACCAGUGGGCGUGUCAUGUCGUGACAGCUUGUCAUAGGUUACAAAUUAAUUUCUAACCAAUGACAAGCUGCAACGGCAUGACAUACCCACCGAUCAGGCGUCUGAAACUGUCGCCUCGAGCUUACCUUUGAAACGUACGUAAUAUAGUUAGUACUAUAUAUUAGAUUGAGAAGGUGUAGGAACGAAAUAAAAUGAUCUGAUUAACCAAAAAACCUCAUUAAUAGGUGGAAAAAUGAAAUACAUUUUCGAAAAUUUAGCCUUCAGGAUUCUUAAUGGUAUUAGAUUCAUAGAUGUUUCAUUGAUGUCACAUAGUAAAAAUAAUAAGUAAAGAGAAAAAAUUUUCCAGUAUACCUUGACAAUUAACUUUCUUAGUACUUAUUAUUCUUACAAAUUAUUUGUCUUUAUUGUAUUGAUGUUAAUUGUCAGACAUUAAACAAUUAAUCCUAAUGUAUUUUAAAAUAUUACUUGGAAGAAUACAUAGGACAGUUUUCAAUAAUAUAUUAAGAAAAUAUUUUAAUCAUUUUUUGCGUUGCUCAAUAAAUAUAUCUUCAAAGGUAUAUAGGGAAAGAAGAAAUAAACUUAAAGUUUUUGGAAACUGUCCAUGUAUACGCAUUGACAUAGCUUUUUCUCUCUUUUACCUGUUUGUUAAACAGAGUUGAGAAAGCACGAAGGUAUUGAUACUUAUAUAGGAAUCUUUUUCUAGGUGUUUUAGAAUAAUUAAGGAAACUUAAAAAGUUUCCGAAAUAUUUUCUGUCCAUUUAUCGAUAUUUAUCAAAGUAUAUUAUAUAUAAAUGUUUCUCUUAAGAUGUUCUAAAAUUUGUCUCGACAUCUGCGCACCCUAAGUUAAGGUUUUUUGAAGUGGAAGAUAUCCAAAACUUUCGAUUUUCUUGAAUUAUUAAUCAUAUUUAUUGAAUUAAACAGGUAUUGGAAAAUAUGCGGAAACAUUCAUAAAGUACAACUAAAGACAUUUGCUUUGUAGUUUUUUGUCUGCGAAUGCUCUAAUUUAAUUGUCCGUGAAUUCUUAAGGAAAUAUUUGACGAUUCAACUUUAACAACGAAAUUCAAUAUAAAAAUAAAGUCAAACUUUAUUUCAGUGUGUUAAGCCAUUUCUAAUGACGUUUAAACAUUAAUAAUGCAGAUGGCGAAAGUAUAGUCAUUCAAAUUUUCCAUUUGACGUUUCCAUGUUGCAUAAACCAAUGACGUUUAUAUGGGCCUAUUCAUCGCCGCCAUUUAGUUUGUAUAAUUGACAAAUGACGUACAAUAUACGUCAUAUGUCACGUGUACGAGAAAAUGGCGGCGAUGAAUAGCUCUAUCAUACGUCAUUGGUGUAAACUAAGAUAUCAGAACAAUACUUUGGACAUGAACAUAAAUGGUUUGACCGUUAGAGUGCGACUAUAAAAAUAUUAUAAGCAAUAAUAUUGAAUACUUAUAAAAUUAAUCCUGUAGAUAAGAUUACCUAAUAUAAAUAAAACCUGCAAUAAUUAUUACAACUUAAAGCUAACGUUAAAGUCGCAUUACUACUUAUUAUGUGGGAACUACGAGCAGAAAGGUUGGACGUGACAAAUAGGUAAGUAUUAAAUCCUCCCUGGUUGAUCCUGCCAGUAGUCAUAUGCUUGUCUCAGUACAAGUUAAGGUAAAACAUCGUAUCCACAUUUACUUGGAUAACUCUGGUAAUUCUAGAGCUAAUACAUGCAGAAAGAGCUCCAACCAGAAACGGAAGGAGAGCUUCUAUUAGAUCAAAGCCAAUCGGCAACGGGUUCAUUCGUAUAACUUGGUGUCUGUGAAUAACUUUACGCUGAUCGCACGGUCUCGCAUCGGCGACGCAUCUUUCAAAUGUCUGCCUUAUCAACUGUCAAUGGUAGGUUCUGCGCCUACCAUGGUUGUAACGGGUAACGGGGAAUCAGAGAUCAAUUCCGGAGAGGGAGCCUGGGAAACGGCUACAUCAAAGGAAGGCAGCAGGCGCGCAAAUUAUCCACUCCAGGCACGGGGAGGUAGUGACAAAAAUAACGAUAUUUAUAUCUAGCAGUCAUAUAGAACCAAACCAAUAAUACUCCAAAAAGUAAUUGGUGCUACACAAAAAUUACAAGCUAACUCUUCUUUAGCGUAACUAGAUUCGUUAAAUGCUGAUCAGUCAAGAAGGUAUGUGUUGUUUGCAAUUUCAAUGUGUUUACAAUGUUUAUUAUGGAAAUAGUAAUGCAACGAAACAACACAUUUUUUAUUCCAAUAAGCAUCCAAUGACCGUACUUGUAUUAUAGGAAGUACUUGAUGUUGCGAAUAUGUAACAUGUGCCAAAUUGUAUGUACUUCCUGUGAAAAUAUUUCGCGGCACAUUUUGUGAAGAAUUCUUUUAGACAUUGUAAUAACAAUCCAAUUGUUCAAAAAUCGACAAGCUUAUGCAACCAAAUUCACAUUAUAAAUGUAGAAUUUGUCAUUAGAAUGAGGAUUAGUGUAACUAACGACUUAACAUUAAAUAAAACUAUGUAGCCCUACUUCCUGAACAAUUAAUUUGGUAACGACUUUGAUCUAAAAGUCGAAAAACUAAUAUAAAAUCGUCAAAUAUUGUUUUAUUGCUUUCCAUGACAAUUAAGCAGACCUUUCUUACGAGCAAAUAUACUACAUUCAUUUCCAUUAUAAGCUAAGACGCCCGUUUCAGACACGUUAUCGGUGGGUGUGUCGUUCUUCGCAGCUUGUCAUUGGUUAGAGAUUAAUGACAAGCUGCGACGGCAAAAACACUUACUGGUGACGUGUCUGAAACUGGCGUCUUAGCUUAUCUUGAGAAUGAACGUAGCAUAAUAAUAUUCAAAUAUAAUAAGGUGCAAAACGAUUAGGCUAAUAUAGAUAAACCUAUCAAAGCUAAUAGUUCUAUUUUAUCACCCGGAUAUGUAAGGCAUUUAAACUGUUACGUGGGAGAACUGUUCUUUCAUACUAUUUAGCACGACUUCUCCGCUUUAUGAGGAAUUAAGACAUUUUAUUUAAGUAUUAGUAAAUAUGUUCUUAACUAACGGAAUUCUUGCUAACAUUGCUGUUUAAGAACAACUCUUCUACCAGGAUUAGAUGGGAGUCAUAUCGAAAAAAUUGAGCAAGUUCAAUAGAAUAUCGUGUACACAGAAUUGUCCAAAGAACAUACUAAUUUGGGGUUGUGUGAUUGACAUCCUUAUAUCUGAAGUACACAUGUUGAACACGUUUAAGCUCAGUUUUGCCGAUAAGUCGUUAUUUCAAAGGUCAAAAUAAACUUGUCUUACUCUUUUUAUUAUUGGCAGUCAAUUCAAACGUACCUACAUGCUCAUUAUUAAAAAGAUUAAGACAACGAUGAUUUGCCCUUUGGAAAUGGAAAAGUAGUUGAAUAUCCGCUUUCUGCAUAUUUAAGAAAAAUACCUGUCAAUCGUCAAGGCGGUUAGAACUGUGAAUUAAGGUGCCAAACUAGAAAAUAAGAAGUAUUACAUUAUUAGACAAUUAUAUAUUGGUGUCAUAUUAGCAUGUCAAUGUUUAUUUCAAAUAUAUGUGUUUAAACCUCCAA